AUGGCAGGCGCAGGAUCGUGGAGUGCAGCUUCCUUGUUAGAGUUGGAGCAUGCAGUACUUGGUGCUUCAGACCCUAUCUACACCCCGAUGAAGAUCAUGAAUUUUGAGGAGGAGCCUACAGAUGAUAAUGAUGGGAUCGAGCCCGACUAUACUCCAGUUGAACACCCGUCCGAGCCAUCCCAUUCACCAGACUACACACCAGUUGGACUUGAGAUUCUCAGUUCCGAUUAUGAGCUGGACGAGGACGAGGAGGACUCUGCCGCCUCACUAUAA